AUGGCUCCGACUAAUGUCCUCCAGGAGCUCUCUGCAAACGCGGCCAUGUCUCCGUGUCCUCUGGAGCAUGAGUUACGCGCCGCGCUGCAGCGGAGGAUCCUGGUUCUGGACGGAGCCAUGGGCACCAUGAUCCAGCAGCACAGGCUGGAGGAGGAGCACUUCAGAGGGGAUGAGUUCAGAGACCACUCUGUCUCUCUGAAGGGGAACAAUGACCUGCUGAGCAUCACACAACCACAAAUCAUCUACCAAAUACACAAGGAGUACCUGGAGGCCGGAGCAGACAUCAUUGAGACCAACACAUUCAGCAGCACGUCUGUGGCUCAGGCCGAUUACCGACUGGAACACCUGGCUUAUCGUCUCAACAAAGCCUCUGCUGAACUGGCCAGGAAGGCUGCAGACGACGUCUUCAGACUCAGAGGCUCUAAGCGGUACGUGGCUGGGGCUUUGGGUCCCACCAACAAAACUCUGUCCGUGUCUCCCUCAGUGGAAAAACCAGACUUCAGAAACAUCACGUUUGAUGAGUUGGUGGAGGCCUACUCUGAGCAGGUUCGAGGGCUGCUGGACGGCGGAGUGGACAUCCUGUUGGUGGAAACGAUCUUCGACACGGCCAAUGCGAAGGCUGCUUUAUUCGCCAUUGACCUGCUGUUUGAGGAGACGUACGAGAGGAAGCCGAUCUUUAUCUCAGGAACUAUCGUGGACCGGAGCGGCAGGACUUUGUCGGGCCAGACCACGGAGGCCUUUGUGGUCAGCGUGGCACACUCCAGACCUCUGUGUCUGGGUCUGAACUGUGCCCUGGGUGCGACCGAGAUGAGGCCGUUCAUCGAGGCCAUCGGGAAGAGCACGUCUGCCUUUGUGCUGUGUUAUCCUAACGCUGGUCUUCCCAACACGUUUGGAGACUAUGAUGAGACUCCUGAGGUCACUGCGUCCAGUCUGAAGGAGUUUGCGAUGGAUGGACUGGUGAAUAUUGUGGGCGGCUGCUGUGGGACCACCCCAGCUCACAUCAGAGCCAUCAGUGAAGCAGUGCGACACAUCGUACCCAGAGACCCUCCUCCUCUGCUCUUCCAGGAGUACCUGCAGCUCACAGGCUUAGAACCUUUCCGGAUCGGUCCACACACCAACUUUGUGAACAUCGGGGAACGCUGCAAUGUCGCUGGAUCUCGCAAGUUUGCCAAGCUGAUAAUGGCCGGGAACUACGAGGAGGCUCUCAGUAUUGCAAAGGCUCAAGUGGAGAUGGGGGCUCAGGUCCUGGAUAUAAAUAUGGAUGAAGGGAUGCUGGAAGGCCCUGGUGCUAUGGCGCGGUUCUGUAACUUCAUAGCUUCAGAGCCAGACAUCGCGAGGGUCCCUCUGUGCAUAGAUUCGUCCAAUUUUGCAGUGAUUGAGGCUGGACUGAAGUGCUGUCAGGGGAAGUGCAUCGUAAACAGCAUCAGUCUGAAGGAGGGGGAGCAGGACUUCCUCCAGAGAGCUGCCACCGUGAAGCGCUAUGGGGCCGCCGUCGUGGUCAUGGCCUUCGAUGAACAGGGCCAGGCCACAGACACAGAGCGCAAAGUGGAGAUCUGCUCUCGAGCCUACUGGCUGUUAGUCAACAGAGUGGGCUACGACCCCAACGACAUCAUCUUCGACCCCAACAUCCUGACCAUCGGCACCGGGAUGGAGGAGCACAACCACUACGCCAUCAACUUCAUCAGGGCCGCACAGCUCAUCAAAGAGACAUUACCGAGAGCUCGAGUCAGUGGAGGACUGUCCAACCUGUCCUUCUCCUUUCGUGGGAUGGAGGUCAUUAGAGAAGCCAUGCACGGGGCCUUUCUCUAUCACGCCAUCAAGCACGGUCUGGACAUGGGCAUCGUUAACGCGGGGAACUUGCCGGUUUACGACAACAUCGACAAACAGUUGUUAGAGCUCUGUGAGAAUCUGAUCUGGAACAAAGACCCUGAAGCCACAGAGAAGCUGCUGACCUACGCACAGAACAACGUGAAAGGAGCCAAGAAGACGGUUCAGAGCGAAGAAUGGAGAGAGGGGACGGUGGAGGAGCGGCUGGAAUACGCUCUCAUCAAAGGAGUGGAGAAGUAUGUGGUGGAGGAUGUGGAGGAGUGUCGGUCGCUGGAGAGCUACACGAGGCCCCUCCACGUCAUCGAAGGGCCCCUGAUGAAUGGGAUGAAGGUGGUGGGUGACCUGUUUGGAGCCGGCAAGAUGUUUCUGCCCCAGGUGAUUAAAUCUGCUCGUGUGAUGAAGAAGGCGGUGGGAUAUCUGAUUCCAUUCAUGGAGGAGGAGAGGCAGGAGAUGAUGAAGGCGUCAGGAGUAACGACAGAGUCUGAUCCAUAUCAGGGCACCAUCGUCCUGGCCACAGUGAAGGGAGAUGUCCACGACAUCGGCAAAAACAUUGUUGGCGUUGUCCUGGGCUGUAAUAACUUCAGAGUGGUGGACCUGGGUGUGAUGGUUCCAUGUGACCAGAUCCUCCGACAGGCUGUGGCUCACAGAGCAGACAUCAUCGGGCUGUCGGGGCUCAUCACGCCGUCCCUGGACGAGAUGAUUCACGUGGCCAAAGAAAUGCAGCGUCUGGGCAUGAGCACGCCGCUGUUGAUAGGAGGAGCCACCACGUCCAAGACCCACACGGCUGUGAAGAUCGCUCCUCGCUACAGCUGCCCCGUGGUCCAUGUGCUGGAUGCUUCUCGAGCGGUGCUGGUGUGCUCGCAGCUCAAGGAUGAGUCUCAGAGGGAUGAAUAUUUUGAGGAGCUGAAAGAGGAGUAUGAGGACGUCAGACAGGAUCACUACGACUCUCUGAAGGAUCGCAGAUAUCUGUCUCUGAUUAAAGCGAGAGAAAAAGGUCUCCAUAUCGACUGGCAGUCCACUCCAGAACCAGUGCAGCCCCAGUUUCUUGGCACUCGUGUCUUUGAUGACUACGACCUGAAGAGUCUCCUGGAAUACAUCGAUUGGAAACCGUUCUUUGAUGUUUGGCAGCUCAGAGGAAAGUACCCAAACAGAGGGUUCCCCAAGAUCUUCAACGAUAAGACUGUUGGCUCAGAGGCUCGGCACCUUUUCAAUGAUGCUCAGAAGAUGCUUCAGCAGAUGAUUGACAGCUCCACGCUGAAGGGACGAGGGUUGGUGGGAUUCUGGCGAGCUCAGAGUCGAGGAGAUGACAUCUGUUUGUACAGAGAAGAUGUUUGUGGAGACACGGAGCCAACAGCAGUGUUCUACGGGCUGCGUCAGCAGGCGGAGAAGGACUCCUCCAGCCCAGAGCCAUACUUCUGCCUCUCAGACUUUGUUGCCCCAGUGGACUCUGGGGUGAAGGACUACCUGGGACUGUUCGCUGUAGCUGUUUUUGGGGCAGAGGAGCUGAGUCAGCAGUUCUUAGACAAAGGAGACGACUACAACAGCAUCAUGGUCAAGGCUCUGGCCGACCGUCUGGCUGAGGCCUUUGCGGAGCAGCUCCAUGCCAGAGUCAGGAAGGAGCUGUGGGGAUACAGCACAGAAGAAGCCCUUCAGACCUCAGACCUGCUCAAGGUCCAGUACCAGGGCAUCAGACCAGCGGCCGGUUACCCCAGUCAACCAGACCACACCGAGAAGAGGACCAUGUGGAGCCUGGCCAGUAUCCAGCAAAACACUGGCAUCAGUCUGACCGAGUCUUUGGCCAUGACUCCUGCUGCAGCCGUGUCCGGACUCUACCUGUCGCACCCUCAGGCCACGUACUUCUCUGUGGGAAAGAUCACCAAGGAGCAGGUGGAUGACUACGCCCAGAGGAAGAGCAUGGAGGUUUACCACAUACUCAGACACUCGGGACACUUCCAAAGACCCAAUGACAACUUCAGACACGGGAUGCUGAGGCUCACGCGCGCGGGUACCUGUGCCGCCUGCAGCUCCGCCCUCCGCGUGCGUGCCUCGUCCAAUCAGAGGCGAGUUUCCCUCCUCAUCUUUUGGGUCCAGCCUCAGCCACAGGAGCGCGCUUUGCUCUGUGCUGCGCUGCGACACGGGCAUCUUUACGCGGAGCUCAGCCUCAGCAGCAUGGAGGGCGGAGAGGCGGAGGACGAGAUCCAGUUCCUCAGGACCGUAAGUCUCCGGCCGUGCGUCCCACUGCACUGCUGCGGCGUGUCCGUGUGUGUGUGCGUGCGUGCGUUCUCGGGGCUGGGGAUGUACCGCAUAACCGGACACUCUCUGUGGUCAGUGAUCCGCAGCGCACUGAAAGCCCUGACCACAGACAAGCGGCAGGGAGGCGGCAGAGAGGCGGCAGAGGGGUGGGCGCUGGAGUCCGGGGGUGAUGCUGUCAUUAUUCGGCCGCAGAGGCGUUUUGUGCUGGAUGGAUGGGGCGCAGUGAGGGGGGCACAGACUGACUCCCAUCAGGGGGGUGGUGGGGGGGGGGGGGGGGGGGGGUCGGUGCUGCAGAGCGAUGCUGCAGGAACAUGUGACCACCCGGGAACCAGAGUCCAGGCCACACAGAGCUGCUCCCUCCAUGUGUGA